AUGUAUCGCUUAGUGUUCACCGCAAUUCUUAUGGUGGAUGGGGUGAAUGAUGUAUCUUCCAUGUUGCAGAUAUUCUGGAUUAGCGAGGAUGGCGUCCGCGCGAUAUUGGAACCAAUCAGCUCAAUCAUAAAUCUUUCCAUGGAAAAUGCAAAGGAGACCACCUUCUAUCAUGCAACGGCAAAAGAAUUCAUGAAGGGCAUCCAACUGGUAAUGAGAAAGACAGUAUUUUUCACCGAUAACGUGAAUGACCACUCCUUCGACAUUUCGAUGAUUGUUGAGAAGAAGGAAAAUGGGAGGAAUUUAUGGCAGAAAAGGAGGAUUAUCACAGCCGAUGUUAUUUACUACUUAUUUGACCAUGUACUAGCUUAA